GGUAGUUAACCGCAUAUAAAUUGAUUUUGUUUAAUCAACGAUUGAUGAUAACAUUUUUAUUUUCUAAUAAUGAAUGAAUAUGGAACAAGGCUUUUGCCACCUUUAAAAGAAACUAGUAUACGUGCAGCAUGUAGAAAGUGUGGCUAUGCAGGUCAUUUAACAUAUCAGUGUAGAAAUUUUAUUAAAGUCGACCCCGAUAAAGAAAUUGUCUUAGACGUCAGUAGCACAAGUAGUGACUCAGAUCAAGACUAUUUAACGCCUCUAACAGAGCUUCGUGAAAAGGAAUUAAAAGAAAAGUUAAAGAAAUCCAAGAAGAAAAAACAUAGGUCUGAGAAGAAAUCUAAAAAAAUCAAAAGAGAUUCAAGUGACGAUACUGAAGAAAGUGAUAGUGAGACAAAUAAUGCGAAAAAGAAGAAACAUAAAAAAUCAAAGAAAAGUCACAAAAAGAAUAGAGACACAGAUUCGGAAAGACAACGUAAUGGAGAUAAGAAACGUUUAAAAUCGAAAAAAAGAAAAUCAGAUUCAGAAUCAAGUAGCGAAUAAAAAUUUGUAAGGACUUUAUUAUUGUAUAUAAUUUUUUUAAUUGUAAUGUAUUUGACAAUUUUAACACCAGGUUUUUAAAUCCCUAUUUUACUUUUUAAAUGAUCUUAUUUAUUAACUGAUUAUUUGAUAUAUUAUAAUUCUUAUACUAAGUAAAUAUUUUUCGUACAAUUUAUUCAAAAGUAUCUUUACUGGUAUUAUUUUAUUAGUUUUAAAUUCAUCUCAUUAAACUAUACAGCUGAUGAUUCUAUGCAGAAUUAUUUAUUUCAAUUGCAAAAAUAUUUGAAGUAUUUACGAUACUCUAAGUUUC